AUGUCUACAAUAGAUUCUCAAUUAUUACAUGUUCAUCGAAAACCAAUCUAUCAAAAGCGUCCUCCCAUCGCUGAUAAUCAUACUUCUGUUUCACGUGCACAUUCUCCAUCGCCUAGAAAAACUGUAUUUACAUCUCGACGACGUCAUUCAACACCUCAAGCAUCAACUAUACGUAUUGUUGAAUUAAAAUCACCACAAGCAAAUGCAAUGGUUAAACAUUAUUAUCUUAAUACAAGAGCAACACGUGCUUUGAAAGAACAAAAUCCUAAAUCGGAUUUAAUUAAAUGUCCACCUCGUCCAAUUACAUUAAUGAAACCACGUUAUCAAGAUGAACGUACUUUUCGUUUACCUGCAACUCCAACAAGUAUUAAUUCAAGUACGGAUUUUUUCUUGUCGACACCUAGAAUAAAUCGCAGUUUAAUGGCUGAAACACCUAGUUCUAUUGCAUCCGAAUUACAAUCUAUUAAUCAAAGUAUAUCAACAAAAAGACAAUGGCAUAAACGACAAAAAUCAUUUUCAUUUGAUUUUGGAAGUCAAGUUUUCAUGUCAGAUGAUGAAUCAUUAGAAGAUGAUGCUUAUAAUUUAAAUUCAACAAAAACUUGUAAAUGCUGCUAUAGACAAUGCUCUUGUCAAUUUCCAUACCGUAGUUUUCAUCAAUGUCAUUAUAGUUGUACAUUAUGCUGUUGGAUUAUAUGUCUUCUCUUAGCAUUUGCAUUACUUGCUGGAAUAUAUCUAGUAGUGAGAGUUUUAGAACCUUAA